UUUUUCCUCUCGCGGUGUCGGGCGGGCGCAGACAGCGAUCCGCACGUGAUAAAUAAUGAUCGGCGAGCCGAAAGAGGCGAUAAUUGCCUCGCCCUGCGGUCCUCCGCCGGCGCUGCUGCCGGAGCCGCCUCGAAGAGAGCAAGAAAACCGGUGGCGUGCGGACGCUGCCGCUGCACUUCCAUACAUAACAAGACCGGGCUCAGUUUCUUAUGACGCCCUGAACUUUCACCAGCUGCCAGAUCUCGACGAAUUGUUCGAUGGAUACGACAAACGGGCGUGGCCCACAUACGGCACAGGGGAGCCCACAAAAGUCGUAGUGGACAUGCGUGUCAACACCCUAGGACCGAUGAAUGCGGAGGACAUGGAUUACGAGAUGGACAUAUUCUUCCGGCAAGCUUGGCGGGACCCGAGGAUAUCGCUUCGGCGCUUCGGCCACAUCGAUAACAUGACGGUGAACGGCGCCGCUCUGCUUGGACGUAUGUGGAAACCCGACUUAUACUUCGUGAAUGCCAAGGAAGUGCGCACCCACACCGUCACCAUGCCCAACCAGCUGCUCAGGCUGUCGCCAGACGGGGACGUGCUCGUCAGCAUCAGGUUGAGCUUGAGGCUUUCCUGCUUGAUGUUUUUCUACUACUUUCCAUUCGACAAGCAGAGGUGCUUCGCCCAGCUUCGUCCAUAUAUCAACACACUGAGCCAAGUAGAGUUCAUUUGGCGAGAAGGCCAUCCGGUACAUCUGGUGGGGCCGAUCCACAUGCAGGAUUUCAACCUCGAAGAGAUGUCGCACGAGAAUUACACCAUCGAACUUGAAAAAGGUUCCUUUUCGUGCCUUCAGGUGACCUUCCUACUAGAAAGGCAGCAGGGUUUCCACAUGAUCCAGACGUACCUGCCCAUCUACAUACUGGUGUUUGUGUCUUGGCUUUCCGCGUGGAUGAGGCCAGACGUUAUUCCACCCAGGGCCAUCAUCGGAGUGAACACGCUCCUCACCAUGGCCAGCAUCUACCUGUCCCUCAGCACACACCUGCCCAACGUGGCCUACAACAAGGCCGUCGACGUCUGGUUGGUCGCGUGUAUCCUGCUCAUAAUAGGAGCCCUGAUUGAGUUUGGUAUUGCAAACUACCUCUUUCGAAGCAGACUCACUCGUGCCGAGUUCCUGCAGGCACUCAGUGUCUUCAAGAAAGACAAGUUGCCUAGGGAUCCAAGUGGUCUUCCCUUGAACCAAAAGAGAGCAUUCACCGUGGAGCGUUACUCGCGGGCUAUGUUCCCGCUGCUGUUCCUAGCACUGAACAUUGUCUAUUGGUCUGUGUACCUCAGCAGGCCCCUUGUGGAAGCCGAGACGGUCUGAGUCAAUGGAACUCGUAAUCGGACGCUAAAGAGAAACACUAAAUUAGUUUAGAACAAUACAGUAUUCUUUAUGAGCUAUAUUUUUGUUAAUUCCGUGGUCAUGCGCUGUUUAUUGCCUCAGAAAAUUAAGGUCAGCGUUGCAUACUUGAAUUUCGCGCAGAAGCUCCCGCGCUGGUAGGCUAGUGUGAUGUCACGCACCUCAAAGUAUGCGUUUCAUAUAUGAGCCAUUGCGGCUAUAGGUAACAAUUCUUGAAACUUGCGAAGCUUUGUCAUUGGUCCUGCCAGGUGACAGUGUGGUUCAUCUUAACCAAUAAAAUUUUAACUAGACCCGA